AAGCGUUUGAUGAAAUACAAAAAACAUUUUGGGUCCGUGAAGUCUUUCAAGAACGUGAAGAUAAAGGCGAGUUUCAUUGCUUGGUCAAAGAGCUUAUGUUAGUAGACCGGGAGCUGUUUUUCAAAAUGUUUAGAUUGAUGCCAACUCAAUUUGAAAAACUUUUAGCCCUGGUUGCACCAAAAAUAACUAAAGCAAACACUAGAGUAGGUGUUAUAUCUCCUGCAGAAAGACUGUGUGUCACUUUGCGUUAUUUGGCAACAGGUGAUGGAUAUGUUAGUAUAGCUGCAAGUUAUCGCAUUGGACAUACAACAAUCAGUCGCAUUGUUGAAGAAACCACCUGUGCUAUUUGGGAUUCACUCUUAAAAGAGGGUUAUUUAAAAGUACCGCAGAAUGCUAAUGAAUGGAAACAAAUAGCCGAUGUAUUUGAAAAAAAGUGGAAUUUUCCCAACUGUGUUGGUGCCAUUGAUGGCAAACAUGUUCAAAUUGUAGCUCCACCUAGUAGUGGUUCCCUUUUUUUCAAUUACAAAAAGAUGUUCAGCAUUGUGCUUUUAGCAGUGUGUAAUGCUGACUAUCAAUUUACAUUAGUUGAUGUUGGUGAAGCCGGCCGUCAAAGUGAUGGUGGAGUUUUUGCAAAUAGCAACAUUGGGUAUUGUAUCACUAAGGAUAUUUUCCCAUUACCGUGUCCCAGAGCCCUUGACACAUCAGGAACUGUUUUCCCAUAUGUAUUUGUGGCAGAUGAUGCAUUUCCACUUCGUCACAAUAUGAUCAAGCCUUAUACAGAGACUGUAUUGGAUAUUAGAAAGUUGGUUGCGAAUUAUCGUAUUUCAAGAGCCAGAAGGGUUAUAGAGAAUGCCUUUGGCAUCUUAGCAGCGAGGUUUCGUGUAUUUCGACGACCAAUUCAUGCAAAGGUUGAAACAACUGAAUCAAUUACAAAGGCAUGUGUGGCACUACAUAACUUUCUUAUGGUUGGGAGGCAGUAUGGCACAGAGCAUUAUUGCCCUGCUGGAUUUGCUGACUAUGAAAUUGAUGGUAAAAAAACUUGA